CUCGUCACCGUUCACUUCUCAUGGCACGCCGGUGAUGGAAUUCAGAAUACCAGUUUGUGGUUCUAUAGGGAUUUUCCCAUCAUUUUCUGUCACAAUUCGAUUCGAUUCAGUCCUCCAUCGAGUACAAGGCGAGAAUUCGAUGCGCCCAUUUGGUUGUGUAGCGUAAUUUUGCGUUUUAAGAAGCAUCUCAAGUGACAAGGGGUACUUUCUGGAGCUUUUUAUUUGAUAAACUAUGGAUGCACGGCCUGCUUUAUCCAUUCCAAGAUCAGGUGGGGGCCAAAUCAGUAACCUGGUGGCAUCUGGAGCACGAUCAUCUUCCUUAUCUGCCCUUCCAACGCCUCUGGAAGAGACAUAUCCGAAACUGCCUAAUUCUCAACAGGUUUCCAUUGAAAGAGAACCAACGACACAGCCUCUAGUCCACGCAACUCACUCAUCCUCCACAAGUGGAGUAGUUGGGCAAAUUUUCUCAUCAUCCUCGGGGUUUUCAUCUGAUCUUCAUCACUCAUCUGUAUCAUCCCUUGAAAAGAACUCAAGUAAUAGUACUUUCGUGUCUCAUUCAUCAACUAAUGCUAUAGCUUCAACAUUACCAGAAUCUCCUAAGUCAGGAUUGCCACAAUCCACAGCAUCAGAUUAUUACUCCAAAGAAAUUAAUGACCCCUGGUGUACAGAGUCACUGCCAGGUUUUCUUGAUUUUCCUGUAAACACCCCUGUCCAAAGUAGUCAAUUAGAAAGCAAUAGUAGUGGUCUCGUGGCAUCUGACGAUUUCAGUAAACGAAAUGAUUGGCAUGAUUGGGCAGACCAUCUAAUUGGUGAUGCCAGCGAUUGGAAUGAGCUUCUCGUUGACACUGAUGUUGCAGAUCAGGAACCAAAGAUGGCAUACCAAGCGUCUAUUUCUCACACAGUCAUACCAGCACAGCAACCUCAAAUUCAUCAGCUGCUUUCUCCAGCUGCUGCCGGACAAAGCGGGGGUGUUCUCACCCCCACCUCUUCAGGUAAUAAUGCCCCUGCCAAGCCACGCAUGAGAUGGACACCAGAACUGCAUGAAGCUUUUGUGGAGGCUGUCAACCAACUUGGUGGUAGUGAAAGAGCUACACCUAAAGGUGUGUUGAAGCUGAUGAAAGUUGAAGGCUUGACUAUUUAUCAUAUAAAAAGCCACUUGCAGAAAUAUAGGACAGCCAGAUACAGGCCAGAAUCAUCUGAAGGAUCCUCUGAAAGGAAAUUGACUCCUAUUGAGGAAAUGUCAUCCUUGGACUUGAAGACGGGUAUUGAGAUCACUGAAGCGCUGCGACUACAGAUGGAAGUUCAGAAGCGGUUGCAUGAACAGCUUGAGUUUGAAUUGUAUGUACACAUAAGCCUUGAACUUGCUUUAGAGAUGCUUAAGCAUGGAGAUUUGAGGUAUAUUUUGUAUAAGUUUUGGUGCCAUUUGCUGUCUUUUUCUUCUGAACAGAUUCAAAGAAAUUUACAGUUGCAAAUAGAAGAACAAGGGAGGUACCUCCAGAUGAUGUUUGAGAAGCAAAAGUCAGGUUUGGACAAGCUGAAGGCUUCAUCUUCUGAUCCAGACAAGCUGGCUGCUCCUUCAGAUGCCCCCAAGGAUUCCCCUUCAAAAGCUGAACAAGAUGCUUCCCAUGCUGCUCGUAGCAAUGCAGACACUGAUACCAACGAAACUAACUCUAUUCCCGAGGGGAGUCCACAAGAGUCAAAUGGAAAGCAGAAAGCACCUGAAACUGAAGAUUCAGAGAACGCAAGACCAAAUGUUACUGAGUCAAGUUCUCAACCCACAAAGCGACCAAGAUUCGAGGAAUAAGCAAUACCAACAUUGAACAAACAGGCAAUAAUAACUCCUGGAAGAAAUUUCAGUCAAGUAGGAUCUGACAUGAGGAUAGAGCUUUUUGAGUUCAAGGUCCUCUCUUCUCUUCUUUUUCACCUCGUUGGCUAUUGCUUAAGCUCUCUGAUAUAUUUAACUGAUAAACAGAAGUUUAUAAGAACGUUUGAUUUUAUUAGUCUCCAGUCUUCACCUAUAAAGGGCAAGGUACAUUAGCUGCAGUUUCUUGAAAUGCAUUAGUUCUGAAGAAAUCCCAUUUUGUAGGGGAAUUUUAAUGUCCUAAAAUUUAAAGCAACUCAAUAAAGGUCUUGCUCAAGAUGACUUGUAGAGAAGUGGGCAGCAUACUUUUUCUUCCUGUUCCUGUAGUAUUAUACUCGAGGUUUAAUUUUCAUUUUCAUCACCUGCAAAAGAUACUUCCCAUCUGCCAUGUUUGGAAGGAAUAUGACCUUUCGUCCAACGAAUAAGGACUUGUGUAUUUAUUUGUUCUUCACUCAUUAAUCUCAUCAAGUUUUCGAAGCAUUUCUUGUUGAGAAGCCAAUUCCCUUCGAAUUUUCUUCACAAGUCAGCAUCUGCAGUUGGAUUCAAAGAUAAGAAUUGUACAAUAUAUAGAACUCUAAAGUACUGUUUAGAUUUAAGGAUUCAGAUACAGUGGCAUGAUUUAUAUUUAUAU